UUACUUAAAAAAUGGGUUAAAGCAAUACCAAGAACUAACCUAAUUGUGACUAAAAAUACUAAGGUCUGUGAAAGACACUUUCAGUCAGACGAUAUUGAGUUUGAAACAACGUUCUACAAGGAAUCUACGGGAGAAACCCUCAGAGCUAAAUUGAAAUAUCCACGAUUAAAAGAUGGAGCAGUGCCUUCAAUUUUUCCCAAUUGUCCGAAAUAUUUAUCAUCAACUAACAAAGAUCGGAUUGAUCCUAUUUUAAAGAAGCAACUAUUAGAGCAACAGCAGGUAAACAAAGCUUUAGCUGACAGUUUGAAAAGCCAAUGUGAGUUUGAAAAGAAGUAUGGCUUUAAAGACUUUUUUGAAAUGAAAAACUGUUUUGGAAUCAAUAAUGUUCCCGCAGCUUGGAGAAUGAUAGAGAAGGAUGAAAAUUUAUUUUUUUUAAAAUUAAACUUUAAAGAAGGAGUGCCUAUCAUUGCAUAUACUGUAUUCAUCAAUAGUUCUCUGGAACUUAAUAUUUCAUAUAAAAACCAAUGUUUAACUAAGUGUGGCGAAGCAAAGUUACCUUUAAAAGUAAGCAACUUUAAUGAAGUUAUUAAUGUUUUAAAUCAUCUAGAGUCUGAAAAUGUAAUCAAUAACUCCCUAGAAGAAAAUAUAGAUGUAAUAAUAUCAGCCUUAAAAAAUUGCCUAAAUCUUGUUGAUGAUAAAUUUAAAUAUUUUAUUGAAUUUUUUAUUGAACAAAUCAAACUCCUUAAAGUAACACCUGUUAGAUACCGUUAUUCUCCUGAUAUUUUAAUAUUUUCAUCUCUUUUCUAUUACUUAUCUCCCCAGGCUUAUAAAUUUGUUAGACAUUCUAGUAAUUUAAUUUUACCAGACCCUAGUACUAUCAGAAAAGUUAGCUCGCUGCUAAAAUCCACCCCAAAUUUUGAACAACAAGACAAAUAUUUUCUUAUGUAUGCUAAACAAAUAUUUUCCAAAUUGAAUGAUGAAGAUUUAAAAGUUUUUUUAAUGCUGGAUGAGAUAUAUCUAAAGCCCUAUGUGGAUUACAAAGGGGGAAAUAUUGUAGGCAAUUCAUAUGAUAAUACUGAGCCACAACUG